GAGAAUAUCAGCAGUAAAUCCCCCUUUCGGUUGACUCUCGACGCUCGGUUCCGACGGAGCGAAGCUGCCGGCAAGAGAGCGAGUUGUCUUAAUGUUCUAAAUAUUCAGGUAUUUUGGGAAAUUUUUGAUGUCAGUAACCGGAGACACUGUUGCCACCAAUCACAAGAUGGGAAAACCCUUGGAGCUGGUCUAUAACAAGGAUGGAAAGUUACAGCUUAACCCAGAGGCUCUGAAGGUCCUCCAGUCCAUCGAUGAUCCAAUGGUUGUUGUGGCUGUGGUUGGUGCUGCUCGUACAGGGAAGUCCUAUCUCAUGAACUGUCUCGCGGGAGACAAGAAUGGAUUCUCAGUGCAUUCAACCACACAGUCUCUCACCAAAGGAAUCUGGAUGUGGUGCCAAUCCAUCCCUGAGAGACCCAAUGAGGUCCUCCUGUUGUUGGACACUGACGGUCUAGGAGAUCCUGAGAAGGGAGACAUCGACAAUGAUCAUUCCAUCUAUGCACUGGCUAUCCUUCUGAGCAGCAUCUUCAUUUACAAUGGUCAAAACAACAUAGACCAGAAAUCUCUGCAAGACCUACAUUCUGUGACCAAACUGUCUACGUGGAUCCAGAUGAAUUCCCAGCACGAUGACUGUGAUUUCCCUGAAAUUGUCUGGGUGAUCCGUGAUUUGACACUGGAUAUGACAAUUGAUGGAAAAGAUGUGACUCCAAAUGAGUACCUAGAGUACAGUCUGAAACUGAAGGACAGUGAGAUCAGUGAGAAGGACAAGGAAUAUAAUGAACUCCGCAGGUGUAUCCGUGAUAACUUUCCCUCACGUUGCUGCUUUGCAUUUCCCAUUCCCACAUCCGGGAAGAAACUCAAGAAGCUCCAGGAACUGGAGGACAAGGAUCUGGAUGAGGAUUUUGUUACGGAGCGGCAGAAGCUCAUUGAUUACAUUCACAACCAUAAGAAAGUCAAGAGAGUUCUUGGGGGUCAGCCGGUCACGGGCAGGAGAUUUGUUGAAUUGACUGAGGCGUACGUGCGGAUGAUGGCGGAUGGGGUCCUACCGCAUGUGGAGAGCAAUGUCGCCAAAUUGGCGGAGUUGGCAAACGAAUCAGUGGUAGUUGAAGCCCUGAAAUUCUAUGAAGAUGAAAUGAAUAAAUUCUUAGAACCUGUCACCCAUACUCUGAGUGAACUCAAUGAGUAUAACAAUACGAAGAGCAAAGAAGCAGUCGAUAUCUUCCACAAAAGAUCUAUGAAGAACAACAGCGGCAAAUACAUCCAACAGCUGGAGGAGAAGAUGAUUUCUAUUUACAAGUCUGUCAAGGCCAAAAUCAAGGAUAAGUUACAAAAGGAAUGUGAGACACAUCUAAAAGAUAAACUGUUAGCAAUUGCAACAAAACUGACAUCCGGAUAUUACCGGGAACCUGGUGGUUUCCAGAAGCUGAGGAAGGAUACUGAUAACAGCCUCAAUGAGUAUAGAGAAAUGACUAAGAAUUGUAUGCAGGAUUGUGCCUUCCUCACUCAGUUCCUAGGAGAUGAAGCAGCUCAUCUAGAACAGAAACAAAAGAUGGAGGAGGUCAAUCUAGCACAGCAUUCCUCUGCUUUGGAAGAGGAGCUCUCAAGGGUGAAACGUGAGAAGGAGAAGAUGGAGCAGAAGAGGAAGGAAUUUGAUAAUGAUAAUGAUAAUUGCAGAGAUAAUGAGAUCACGGAGCAGCUCAGGAGGUUUGAGGAGGGUAAAACGUGCACCGUGGAGGAGCCGAAGGAAACCAUGGAGUAGAUCAAAGAUGAAGGCAGGAUGGAGGAUGCACAAAGGGCUCAGCAGAGGUACGACAACCCAAAGGGAAAAUAUGAAGAGGCAACAGAAUUGAGUUCCAUGAGGAAAGGAAAUGUUUGGCCCAACUAAUGUCCUGUAUUGUGAUGUAGGUAUUAUAUGUUUCUAUGAAGUACUGAGAUUAUUUCAGAGCAGGUAACUGUGGUAGGUGCUGUGGCAAAAUUGUAUCCAUCGCAGGAAAGCAGUCAAAAAAUGUGUACAUUUGGAAAUGUGUUCACAGCACCAAUCCUGUGACAUCCCGAACAGCUUCCAGCCACUCACUCCUCAGUCUGAUCAGUGAACUGGACCCCAAAUAUUGUCCACCACACACAUUCCACAUCCAAUCUCCAGCCGGAUAUCUGGGGCACACCCUGGAACAUUUAAAGUGGGGUCAGAUUCCAGAUGGUGAAUCUCAGAACCCCAGGGAUGUGACUGAGCCGGUGUAAUAUGUCCCACUCACUAAAUCCCCUCACACAGCCGACGGACACUGUCCCCCAUGACUGACUCUCCCCACUGACUUAAUCCCCUACAGUAAAUGCACACUCACCCCCAUCACUAAAUCCCCUCCCACACCCCACAGACACGUUCCUCCA